AUGAGCAAAAAACCAAAGAAGAGUGUAUUUGGAGGCUUUUUUGGCUUCAGGAGUGAAAAUGAAAGUGUAAAUUUAGAAGACUAUCCUCUGAGUCAAUGGUCCACACCAAUGGUCGUGAUGUGGCUUAAAAAUCAGGGACAUGACAAGAAGGUCUACAAAAUAUUCGAAAAGAACAAAAUCAAUGGUACUUUCUUUUGUCAAAAUGUAACAAAAGCAGACAUUGUGCGAUUAGGUUUCACACCUGGAAUGGCCAUCACUCUUCACAAUCAAAUUGAAAAACUCAUCGAACGUAUGAAAACAAUCAAUCCCUACAAUGUGGUUCUCAGCAGUCGACCACACUACAACUCUUCAAACAAGAGAGCAAGUUCGAACAUGUCAAAUUUAAGUGACUCGAUGUCUCAAUUAAUGACACCUCCUCGUGCCUUUGGUUCUACAGCAUCGGCUUCGACCAUUUCUCUCAUUUCACAAUCGUCACCUGGAUUUGCAGAACAUCAAAUUCCUCUCUUUGCUCAACAUCAACGAAAAUUUUCAGUAUUGACUGAUAAAUACAUGAUGGAAUCAGAAGAGGCAUCUUCAUCCUCUCUUUCUGAUCAGAGUGUGUCAAAUGUCACAACAUCGUCAUUGAAUAAUAAUCCAGGAGGUAUUACAAUUUCUGAAGUAGAAGUUGAAGAUGAUUAUUUUCUCAAAAUGGAAAUGGAAUCCUUCACAGUUCAAGAUAAAGCAGAAGAAGACAAGGAAUUACAAGAAUAUCUCGCAGAAACUCUCAUCAUGAAUGAAGUAUCUUCAUUGUCUUCUCAACCAUCAUCAUCUUCACAACCUUCUUCUCCUUCUGGAAGUUCGAUUAGUGACACAAAUUCUACAGCGACUUCCACAACAGCGAAUACAUCCAGUCCAUGUUUGACAUCUUGUUCCAAUUUAAAUUCCUCUUCCAAUAACAAUAAGUAUUUGUUAGUUCCUGUGGCUCCAUAUUCCACACUUCCUGAUGAAUAUUUCUCUUCUUAUCAAUCAUGUUUAAGUAAUGUGAAUUUAUUACCAUUCCAAGUUCACAAUUUACAAAGUAUUGUUCAAGAUUUGAUCAUUCCAGAACGUUUCAUGUUUAAAUAUUUUAACAUCAAACAUUACAUGCCCGAUGAUGAUGAAGAUGACACAGCACCAAGUGGUAGUAGUAAUAGUGGUAAUAGUAGUGGUAGUACAAACUCUUCAAAGAAUGCAGUGAGAAGUAUGAAAAAAACAUUCCUCAAAAUUCAAUUCGUUUUUAAUGCUUUGGAUCGCGGAGUUUGGUUCAAGAUGCAAAAACAAAACAAGUCACAACUCAAAGGAUUUAAACCUCACAAAUUUGGAGUAUUUUAUCCUGCACUUCUCAUUGGUCCAUUUCUUGUGGAAUACACACAUCAUGGAAUUGCGUUAGUGAGAAUUUCCAAGUCAAAGAGAGUCGUUGGACAUGAAAUUACAACUAUUACAGGUGCAGACAAAGUGAAGGAGGUUUUGCAAAAAGUGUCACAAGUUUGUUGUGAAUUUAAUGGAUCUAGAAAGUUUGAUAUUCAAAAGAAUAAUCCAAUGCAUUUCGUGUAUGCCGUUUUAGACAAACUCAAAAUGAGGAAACAAUGUGAAAAUCAUCUCAAUAAGGGAUGUGUAAAAUCAUAUAUUCAAAAUUUGGAACGUUUUGGCUACUAUAGCAUGACCAUUAAUUUACCCAAACAGAUUGCUACAUUAAUUGGAAAAGAAGAAUACAUUGUUGACAGUCACAAAGACUUGGAUGAGCUCCAUAUCAGCAUUCAAACAAAUUUCCCAGAUUACUUUAACGAUGAAGGUAAAACAGAUGAAACCUUACUCCAGUCAUUCGAUAUUGCGUUCUGGUAUUGGCAUUUUGAAAACAAGUCGUUUGAAGAUUUUCGACCUGCCUACAGCAGCAAGAUUUGCAAGUGCCCCUUCAACAUGCUUGAAAAACACCCCAUCGACAUGAUUGAAAGUGCCUCAAAAACAAGCUACAGAGGUCCUUCAUAUCAUAUUGCUCAGGUAUUACCACCAAGACCUGGUGAUGCUCCAAGUACAGUUUCAUCACCUAACACCACUGACUGA